GCCGCAGUCAGCGCUACCACGACACUCGCACGGAGUACGGUACUAUUUGUUUGGAGGGAGGUUGGAGGCACUCAGACAGGCGAGUCAGAGGCUGUGUCGGCGGGCAGCGGCAGUUUACCGUUGCGAGGCGCGUAGUGCGGCCGGACGCUGACCGCCCCCGCGCCCCCGCCCCGGCGCCCCUGGAGCCUCACACCUGCACCCUCCACCAGACACUGGACUGACCGAAUACUCAACCCGCUGUAUGUGCUCUCCAAACCUGAGUGUAAUGAACUUUCGAGCUCUCGCGUCUAUGUUCGCUUCUUACAAAAUAUAGACACAGUGUUCCAACUCGUGACAAAUUGACUUAAGUGAUUAAACUUAUAUUCGACGUUUGGAUUCAACUGUCUUCGAUUGAUAAGAUCCGACCCGUGAAAUACAAGGAGCGCGUGUAACUUAGAUGUACAGGUCCAACUGCCUGAUCCGAAAUCCUUCGAAUACUAAGAAAAACAUGGAAAUAUUGACUGGACUGAUCACAAUUUUGGCGGAAUCAAGUGACAUCUAAGUCUCGGCACGAAGUAACUUCCGGGGUGAAGAAUGGGAAAAAGGAACGUCCGCAUUAAGAGCGCACACUCGAUUGGUCCCCCGCUUGGCCGCCCCCGCGCGCGCCGCUCGUAGCGCCCCCGCCCGCAGCGCCCCCGCCCGUAGCGCCCCAGCCCUACCGCAAGUUACCGACGCUCCGCGCGAACGCCAAUACAGUACAAGUCAAACCGGGUCAUAAUCCACUUAUUAAUUUAUUACCUAGAUAUUAUAUAUAGCAGUACAAACAUAUUUUAAACAAACUCGAGAGCUCACUUCAUGUAGCAAAGAAACGGCCGAGUUGUCGUCCUCGGUUAAAAUCUGAACCGGUAAGCAUGACGGCCACUGCCCCAGAACUGUCAAAAUCAGACUUUUUCGACUUCGUUACAUCCAACGAGGUUACCGAUGCUCAAUACAAGCAACAGAUGCGAUCGGUGAACGUAUUUAUGGAAUCACCCGACUCGCGCUCCAACCCGCUGCUCUCCGAGGAGCCCAAGGAGCAGAACAACAACAGCGUGCCCCCCGCGCCCCCGCCCGCGCCCCCCGGCGGCGGCGGCGGCGGCAUGGCGGCCUGCACCACGCUGCAGAGCUUCGACUCCAUCUGGAACGUGGAGCGCGAGCGCGAGCGCCUGGACGCCGGCAUGCUGGACCUCAGCUACUGGAGCGCGGACAGCGAGCUGGCGCCGCCCGCCGGCCACAAGCCCAACACGGACGGGCAGAUCUACACGCUCACCGUGCUCAACCCGGACCUGCCCGGGCCCGCGCGCUUCUGGGGCAAGGAGGAGGACGUGUCGCUGGGCAGCCCCGACCACCUGCACCCGCCCUCCUCGCUUGACCUCGAGCAGAUCCUCAACAUGAACGGCUUCUCCAACGACUUCUCGCAGGACCCCAUCAGCGCCAACCUGCUGCCGAAGGUGGACAGCUUCGCGUACGACGACGCCGAGACGGACAGCCAGAACAAUGAACUGUCGGGGAGUAGUUUAGUUAAAUCGGAACCUUACUACGAGGACAACGAAUAUCAAUCUAGUGACAAAAAAGAUGACUCGUGUAGCUCCCUUAUAGGCACACCUAUUUUAGAAAAUCACGGGGAAUAUAAUAAUAACGAUUGGAAACUGAGCGAUCAGAACACAGAAUCGCAACAGGCCUCCCUGCUACGGGAGGCGCUACAGGGGAAAGCCUCCGUCCGCUAUAGUACAAUACAAAAAUAUACAAUUUCCAAACUAGAUCCUAACGCAGAAUUGAAAAGAGUAACGAUGACAAAUAAUAACAAAGCGGACGUGCCGUCCAUGUACCAGGACCACAAGGAGCUGGCGGAGACGGAGCUGCUGCUGCUGCCGCACAACGGCAACGUGAACAUCUCCAUCCUGCUGGAGGACGGCGCGGCGCUGGGCGAGCCCUCCUCCACGCACUCCGUGGACGACAUCAUCUCCGGGCUCGACACGUUCCCCGACGACUACGAGAAGCUGAAGAAGAUCGCGUCGGAGCUGGGCGAGGUGCCGGGCGCGUACUGCGUGGAGGGCGGCGUGUACGCGCUGGGGGGCGCGCUGCCGGGCGCCGCGCCGCUGCUGCUGCCCGCCGUGUCCAGCUCCAAGCCCGCGCCCAAGAAGUACAAGCGCGUGCAGAACAAGGGCUCCCCGCCGCAGGCCGCGUCCAUCCAGCCCGCCACCUCCACGUCCAACGGCGUGCGCAAGGAGCGCUCGCUGCACUACUGCUCCAUCUGCUCGAAGGGCUUCAAGGACAAGUACUCGGUGAACGUGCACGUGCGCACGCACACGGGCGAGAAGCCCUUCGCGUGCUCGCUGUGCGGCAAGAGCUUCCGGCAGAAGGCGCACCUCGCCAAGCACUACCAGACGCACAUCGCGCAGAAGACGGCGGCGGCGGGCGGCGCGCCGCUCAAGACCAACAAGCAGAGGUAACCCGCCCCGCCCGCCCCCCGCGGCCGCCCGCCCUGCCCGUGGCGCGCCCCCUGCUGGCUCAUGCCUCCACAAGUGAUAAACUAUUAUUUUUGUACUCAAAGGCUGAAAAUCACAGAUUAAUUUGGUAAGGUGCUAAAAUAUCAUACAACGUUGUAGUGUUUGAUGAGGAGGCUAUUGUUUUUAUAGGAGAAUGAGAUGCCGAAGAGGGCCUGUGUUUGUUAAUUUGUAUGUAAUUAUUCCGUCCGUUACCGAAUGCUCUAGCUUUAGCUCGCUAAGAUAUUGUUAAAUAUUUUUACAUUGAAAGUUAUAUUUAACAAAAAGUAGCGUCCAUAUAUUUAAAAUAGUCAUAAUACUUUAUUGUAAAUAACAAUUCAUUUCUUAUAGUCAUGGGUAAUAAGGUUUGGUUUCCACAAAAACAGAUAACCUAAUCAGAUAAGACAGAGAUUAUUUAGUAAAAUCUAGAUAAAAUAUGAGCUUAGACGAGGGCAGCGCGUUAGAUAUUGUCCGGCGCGGGUUUCUCCCGCCGCCGCCGCCGCCGCGGCGCGAUCGCCUCAACUUUCUAAAAAAUAAAAAAAACGGAGCAAAAGAAACACUCUGUACCAUCUUUCACCGUUCAACACUAUCGUGUAUACAUCACCAUCUUACUUGUCAUUUUUUCCCUUUUAGUUAGUCAGUUCCUACAGGUACUUAAUGGCUUUUAGUUUCUUUCUCAGUCCUACAUCUGCAUACAGUCUUCUAGAGAAACAUGGUCAUAAUAUGGUUCAAAUAUUGUGUGGAUGGUUUAAUCAAGUUUCACGAUCUCUAUUCUAUCUAAUUUUAUUGUCAGCUACCAUUUAAAGCGGGCGAGUUGAUGGCGGUCAUUAUGACUGCUCCAGGAACAAUGUAAUGGCGGAUCGAUUAUUCGGCCCUCCAUAUCGGCCGACACGGUGAACGGUUUUUCAUUGCCAAUAUUACAUCUUUCGCUUCUUUCUAGGAGAGGCCUGAUUACUGAGAGAUUACUAUAAAUUUCAAAGACAAGUGGUGUGCGCGGCCGCGCCUCGCCCUUUCUCGUCGUUAGCCUUUCUUUGUUCUUUAUUUAAUAACACUGCCCCAUGUCUUCUUUCUAAUACAUCGAACUAUAAUAGCCAGUGUCUGAAACCAACAUUAAAGUUUGAGAUAUUUACUGCGCUUAUUGGUCAAUUUCUUAUUUAAAUUAAUCUUUCUAGAAUCUUAGGAAUUUCAUUGAAAAAAUACUGUCUGGCGAACUUAGAAACACUUUCACAAAAUUAGCCACAACUGCUUAUAAUCACGAUCGUAAUACAAAACAACGACUUCAUUACACAAAAAGCUUUUCCAGUAAUUAAUAGAUUACUCGACAGAUUAUUUGUAAAAAUUAAACAGUUUCGCUCUAUGCGACCUCCACAAUAGGAAACGAGUCUUAUUAAAUUAAAACGUGACACAGCAAGACACGCGCCGAAUAUGCACGCUAAAAUAUUCUAGCUUUAUUGUGGGCUCGAGAUGUGUUUUUUACAGCUCCACUUGGCAUUAGAUGCAGAUUAGUAUUGAUUAGAAACUUUGUUUGUUUCAUCUAGGAAGUAGGUAUAUAAUGACAAAAGGUGACUAAGACGGCCUAGGUAGGUAAUUAAAAUAUUUGGAUAGGUAUCAAAAGUUGGUUCAUAUAGUUUGGGUGAAAUAAGCAAUGUGGUAGUAAGGUCAGCGCGGUGCGGCCUCCACCCGUCAUGUCGGAUCAGUCGGAGCCACGUGACGCAAUGUCGAAGCGGCUACCAGAAUUGAUUCUGCACUACAUCAAUAGAUAUCAGUCAGGCAUACUUUUAGCAUUUUCUUGAUUAAAUAGCUCGAAUGGAAACCAAACUUUGCAAAACGCCCAUUUACUUGCUUAUUUUAUUACACAGAAUAUCCUCAUUCGGUACAUAUCUUGCCAACCUUAUCAAUAGAUAAAAACAAUUAGCUAAUAUUUUAAGACACUGCCUUACAAUGCUCCUUAAAUCUAAGUAAUACUUUUAAUGAUAUUUUUUUUUUACAUUUGGAUCGAAUUUUGAGAAUUAUUAUAAUGAAUACUCAUAUUAAGUAUGUUGUACAUAUCUAAAGGUAUUGUGACGAAACGUUAUACUCUGUCCCUUGUAUCUCAUUAGACGGUAUUUAAAAAGUUAGCGAAUUUAUAGUUUAGUUUAUAAGAAAGUUCAGAGAUUUACCAUUUACUUUAAGAUACUACUUUAUGACUACCUUAUGAUUUGAAUGUUGAAAGGAUUGUUAAUAUAUUCAUGUAAUAUAUUGUGUUGGUUUUCAAGUACAUACAUAUUUGGAAAAGAUGGAUUUUUAAAUACUGAUUGAUUUUAUUGCAUUUGUUCCUGAGUUGAUUAUUAGAUUUUAUUGAUACGUCAUUAUUGUUUAUAAGAAUUCUACGAGUAAUUUAAUUAUAAUGUAAAAUCGCUGUGGAUUUAAGGGCGACGUGGAUGAUGUAGCGUAGAGAUAGCGAUAGUAGGCAAUGUGACAAACGACGAACACAUCAUGUAAAUAUUAAUAAAUUAUUUAAUUUAACUAAUCUGUUAAGUUAACAGACUCAGGUGAUUCAAAAUUGAAAUAAAUCUAAAUAUAAGCAACUCUCGUCCACUUCAUCCUUAAACUAACAAGAUACUGUACAAGAAAUGGAUUAUUUAUUUUAAAAGUAACUCUAAGUGACGAAACAAACAAUGUAUUUGAUUAAAGAAGCUGUGAUUUUUGCUAUCUGUAUAGAGAGCCUGCUUGGCCACUAUGGCGGUGGCACCCAACGCGGUCGAGCGACCCGGUCGCAAGACGCGGUCGCAUAACUCGGUCGCAGAACGCGGUCGCACGACACGGUUGGACUUGGCCGUCGCGACGCUCAGUCGCUUCACUCAUAUACAAAUACAAUAUACGAACAAACAACCCGACGACAUGUAAAUGUAAAUGUGUACUCUUAUAGAACUUUUACAGUUUUGUAUCGGAUUUCAUAUAUUUUUUACUUUCCUACAUUAGUUUGCUAAUAAAAUGUUUUUAUAUAA